GUGGAUCCCACACUGUUUUCCCCCUGUUUCCCAGGAGCGUCGCGGCUGCCCCUGCCCAGACAUGCUGGCACCGCUCUGAGGCACCAUGUUCUUCACCGCCUACGCCUCCUUCGCUGUCCUCUUGGCCGUGUGCUUGGCCUUGGAGCUGUCCGCCUGCCGCUCCAAGCUCGCAGGCAGCGCCUGCACCAAUCCAGCCUUCCUCCACUUCCAGCGGGAUUACUACCAGGUGUAUUUCCUGGCUCUGGCCGCCGACUGGCUGCAGGGCCCCUACCUCUACAAACUCUACCAGCACUACCGCUUCCUGGAGGGGCAGAUCGCCAUCAUCUAUGUGUGCGGUUUUGCUUCCAGUGUCCUCUUCGGGCUGGUCUCCACGUCCCUGGUGGACUGGUUGGGCCGGAAAAAAUCCUGCAUCCUCUUUUCCUUGACCUACUCCAUCUGCUGCCUCACCAAGCUCUCCUGGGAUUACUUUGUCCUCGUGGUCGGUAGGAUUCUGGGCGGCUUGUCCACGGCGCUGCUGUUCUCCGCCUUCGAGGCGUGGUACAUCCACGAGCACGUGGAGCGCCACGACUUCCCGGCGGAGUGGAUCCCAGCCACCUUCUCGCGAGCGGCGUUCUGGAACAGCGUCAUUGCCGUGGGCGCCGGCGUGGUAGCCAACUGCUUUGCAGAAUGGCUGGGCCUGGGGCCGGUAGCCCCGUUCAUGGUCUCCAUCCCCCUCCUCAUGCUGACGGGCGUCUUCGCCAUGAAAAACUGGGAUGAGAACUAUGGGAAGAAGCGGGCGCUCUCCAAGACGUGCAUGGAUGGCUUGAAGUGCCUCCUUUCGGACCGACGCGUCCUGCUCCUGGGCACCAUCCAGGCGCUGUUUGAGAGCGUCAUCUACAUCUUCAUCUUCCUGUGGACGCCUGUGCUGGACCCUCAUGGCCCCCCCUUGGGCAUCGUCUUCUCCAGCUUCAUGGCAGCCAGCAUGGUGGGCUCUUCCCUCUAUCGGAUUGCCACUUCCAAGAGGUACCACCUCCAGCCCAUCCACGUCCUCUCACUCUCAGUCCUUAUAGUCUUCUUCUCGCUCUUCAUGCUCACCUUCUCCACCAACCCUGGCCAGGAGAGCCCUUCCGAGUCCUUUCUGGCUUUCUUGCUCAUCGAGCUCUCCUGCGGUCUCUACUUCCCCGCCAUGGGCUUCCUGCGGCGGAAGGUGAUCCCGGAGAAGGACCAGGUGGGGGUGAUGAACUGGUUCCGUGUGCCGCUGAACCUGCUCGCCUGCCUCGGCCUGCUCCUCCUGCACGACAGCGACUACAAGACGGGCACCAGGAACAUGUUCACCGCCUGCUCCGUGCUCAUGGUCAUGGCGCUGCUGGCCGUCGUCAGCCUCUUCAGCAUCGUCCGCAGCAGCGCGGAGCUGCGCGUGCCCGCUCCGCAGGGCCAGGCCGACCCAUCCUCCCUGGAGCUCUGAGGAGCCGCUGCAUCCCAAAGUCCUUUCCAAGGUGGGGCCCGAGCUCAUGCGGGGCAGGUCGGAGGCCGACGCUCCUGUGCUGGCUGUGACUGAUGGGCGCCGGCUGUAGGAACACUGGAAAAAAAACACAUCAGUGAACUGUCAGUUCCCAAAGCAUCCCAACCCUCUCCGAGGCGGCAAGUGAAGUACUGGGAGUGCUCACUGCGUGGCGCCAGACUCCAGAGAGCUGGAGGCGCCCCGGAGCAGGCGCUGCCGGCUGCGUUAUCCCGGCUGCUCCAAGCCCGGCAGCCCCCUCCUCUGCUGCUGCUGCUGUUUUCU